UGUUCAGUUAAUCUUUGGCCUCGUGUAGCUACUAAGUCGUUGUAUGGUCUGUUUUCAGCUCGCAAAGAUUGUAAAAUGGGAGGUUUAGAGAGUAAGAGAUGGAUAGAACUCAUGCCUGAGACACCACAGAAGGAAAAUGCCAAAGAAAACUUAGGACAUUCACAGAUUGAAGAUCCACGGUCUCCGUCCAUGCACCAUAAACGUACUCCAAUCGUUCUUCAAGAAUACAAAGAAUCGCCACAAAAUAUCGCUUUACGUGCAGAAUUUUAUGAUCCUCGAUCUCCAAGUGUGAAAGUUUCUCGAACUCCUUUAACCUUUCUCUCCAAAUCUGUCGUUAUUGUUGAUGAAAAAGAUGGUGAAGAUGUCUUCGAGAGCAGAGAAAGAAGUACGUCUGACCCUCCAACUGCAAACUCAAAGCAUGUGUCUGAAACUGAAGUCAACUCUCCGGGAGCUCCUCUGACUAGGAAGGACAAAGUAUCUCUCCUCAAGAGCACCGCAAGUCCAUGUGAUUUUAAGAGAAAGAACCGAUUGAGACGUCGCCAAUCGUUACCACAAAAACUCUUCACAGACAAGUCUGCUACCAUUCCACGUUCACCACUAGCUCAAAGAAACCAUUCUCUGCCUGAAGAUGGAAAAAACAGGUUCACUCUUUUGCCAAAGAAAAAGGGCUUCAUCAGUGAAGAUUUCAAUGAAGAUAAAGAAAACACACAUCUGCCAAUUGUACACUAAUGGUAUAACUCUUAUGAUAGUCCAUUAUGAAUGGAGCAUAAAUUUAUAGAUUUUAAAGCUAAAACAGCUGUUAAAUAGAUUGUAGGUGGACAAGCAUUUUCGCUGAAAUGCUUGCCUAAAAUUUCUGGAUAAGUAAAAUGCUUGGUUAAGCGUUGGCUAAAUUUAAAGAGCGCUUUUUAGAAAGUUCACUAUGAAAUUCCUUAUAUUUAGAUCAUUGUUCCAGUUGGAUUGGAAUUUUCUGUUCAUGGGCAGUGAACAUAUGCUACCAUGCUAUUUCAGCAUGCAGCUUGCAACCUCCAAGUUCGCAGAAUAUUGAAAACUGCAGUAAAAGUUAAUGGUUGCAAUGAAAGGAGUUUGACAGUGAAAUAUUUAUACACAUGUGAGUAAGAUAACUAAAUAGACACUUCAGUGACAAUCAAAAUUAUUCUGAUGUUUAUUCCUGUUAAGUUGACAACAACAUGUUUGACAAAGGUUAACUCGAGUUAAUUUGUUGGUAAAAACCUAUUUUGUACAUAGAAGUUAGACAUGUAAAUAUUAAAUAAUAUUAAAGCAUUUGAUUAAAUUGUUUUAAUGAA